CACAUUUUUCAAGUGAAAGUUGAUGGGAAGUAGUAUACUCAUCGCAUUUCGGACGUUUAAUUACCUCAUCAAAUGCACUUGAAUAUUACAAUUCCACUGGAUACAUUCCAAAUGAGCCAGACAAUAUUAGACAUCAACUCAUGUGAAAUCCAGGCUAUCAUUCUAUUUUCUAUGUGUUGUGGAAUUUUACUUUUUGGUUCACUGCUUAUCGGAGUGAUUACAAUAGGCCAAAGAAAACGAAGACGAAAAGAUAUCGACGAAGAAAAUCUUCAGAAAUUGUUACGAUUAAAAAGAACAACAUGGAUACCAAAGUAUGCUGAGACUAUAUUGACUGGGAAAAAUUACUUUGGACGAAUUUUGUUAUUGUUAAGAAGUUUAUCCUGUCUAGUGUGUAUGACAAUCUACUUAUGGAAUACAUAUGAAUCUGAUCGUGAUUUUUGUAUACCAUUCAACGGACAGUCAAGAUUCUACAUAGAAAUGAGUUGUAAUUCAAUCUUUCUACUAAUGUUUAUCUUAAGAGCAAUUGCUUCGAAUGAUUUAUUUGCAACUUGGAUGUCAAUCUAUUCUUUAAUUGAUCAUUGUACAAUAUUCAUCAUAUUUUCAACAUUUAUAACAAAAAGUUAUCAGUUUACAUUUGGAUUUUUAUACUUCGCCAGACUUACAAAAAUCCCUGAAUCAUUAGUUCUAUUAAGAAUAAUAAAUCAGGAGCGUUCUAUACGUUCUGUGAAUUUAAUAUUUAAACUGCUGGCUGCCUGGACCAUUAUAGCUGGUAUUGUACUUGUACUUGAAAGAACCGGGAAUUUUUGGACUGGUGAUAAUGUGCGCAGAAACAUUGAGUAUUUGGACUGUUUAUACAUGAUUCUUGUAACACUGGCUACAGUUGGCUAUGGAGAUAUUGUGUGCACGAGUUAUCUAGGUCGCAUUUUUAUUAUAUUUGUUAUAAUUGGAGCUCUUAUAACAGUCACAACUCAUAUGUCGGAACUCAGUGAAUUGUUUCAACAGAAUAAUCAAUAUCAUAGAAGUAUUUAUAUUGAACACAAUCCAAGGCAUAUAGUUGUAUGUGGAUGUAUAAAUUACAAAACAGUUUCAAUAUUUUUCAAUGAAUAUGUAAACGCUGAUAAAGGUCAUUAUGAUGAAAAUAUGACGAUUGUUAUUCUGUCUGAGAAUGAUCCUGGUAUUCGUCUGAAAGCUUUGCUUCAGAGAGAAAGUACUACUAUUACAUUUUUAAAAGGAUCUGUGACAAUACCAGAAGAUUUGGAUAGAGCCAAAGUAAGAACUGCAGAGGCUGUGAUUAUUCUAUCGAAUAAGCGCAGUCAAACACCUGAUGAAGAUGACUGGAAAAAUUUAAUGUGUGUUGUCUCUAUUAAAAAUUUAAAUCCAAAAAUUCGUAUCAUCUGUGAACUUAUGUUGUUUGAAAGCAAAGGAUGGAUGUCAAAUAUACCAGGAUGGAAUGAAUAUCAAACUGAUCAGUUUGACAGAGCAAUUUGUAUGCCUCAAAUGAAGUUUGGUCUAUUAGCCUUGAAUUGUAUAUCAAAUGGUGCAUCAACGUUGCUGUGCAAUUUUAUUAUGCGUGAUUCUGUGCCGACAAGUUCAGUUACAAAAACCUUACCUCGUUGGAUUAAUGAAUACCUUCAAGGCACAAGAUAUAAAUUGUAUACAGUCAGAUUUUCUCGUGCUUUUGAUGGGAUGAUGUUUCAACAAUUAGUUGGAUUAGCCAUGGAACUUUGGGGUAUACUUCUAUUAGCUGUACACAUAUUUCUUGAUAAUGAAAAGACAGAAAUGAUUAUCAAUCCCGGUUGCAGAAUGCGAAUAAAUACCCAUAGAAUGCAAGCAGUUGUUCUGGCUAAGAAUUUAAUCGAAGCACAACGCCUAAGGACAUUUACUAUGGAUGAUCAACUGAUGUUUGAUAAUCUCGGUCAAAUUAUACUUACACCAGCAGCACAGGAUCCAGAUAAUAACCGCGAACAGUCGAAAACACUCCUUACCAGAAGAACACAGUACACAAAACAAAUUAAAACUUGUAUGAAUUUUCUUCGAGAACCACUUGCAACAUACAAGAAAAUUAAGUAA